AUGGUUUCGGGAUAUGUUGUGAAGCGUCCAGCGGGCGAAUACUGUUUUGACUUCGAGAAGUGUUGUGAGGAAUACCUCACGAGACGAUGGCCCAACUGGAAGACAGAGGAUCGAACGUAUAUGUUCCCUCCAGUUUUUCGCUUCCGUUACACUUCUCCAACAGGCGAUGCUGCCGGUGCUGUGGAACUCAAUGAGGCUGAGAAGGGCUACAUGAGAGGAGACUAUGCUGAGUUGAAAAUAUUUCGGUUACUCGAGAAAUUUGGGCGAGAAAAAUGUCAGCCAAUGUUUGUGUUCUCACAGUUCAAAUAUAAGGAGUUCAUUGAGGAGACUAAGGAAGCCAUGCGGGACAUGCACCCUCUGUUUGCUUCUCUUGAAGACCGCUUUGUGGGGGAAAACGUUAAAGGAGAAAUUGAUUUUGUCGUCUUGCACCGACGUAUUGGUGUGAUCCUCAUCGAAGUAAAAGCCAAUGAAGAAUUUAAAAGUUCUCGAGAUGAAGAAGCGAAGAAGCAACUUAAAUUUGCAGAAGAUUUCGUGAGAGUAUUUCUAGAAGCGAAGGGCAUAAACAUUCCUGUUUACAAAGUCAUUGCAAUGCCAAGCGUACCCGACGAGGGUAACAGUUCUGACGGUUACAUUAACCUUAGGAAGAUUCAUCUAGGAAUGGAUGACGAAGGUAAUGUUCAAGAUUUGCUGCCUUUCGAGCAAUGGUGGGGACAAAACUUUACCAAAGGAGCUUUUGAAGAGCACGAGAAAAAAUUUUUGAGCUUGAUCUCCGUAUUUGUGGGUCAGAGAGUUACAGUAAGUGCUACAGCUCAAAUACUUGGCAGAGUAUUCCAAACCAUUGAUGGGCAAAGUUUUCUCCGACAAAGCUAUAGAAAGGUUAAGAAAAAAAAAAAUUUGGAAGGUACUGAAAGUACUGAGGUGGGGCGGCCUGAGAAAGAGGAUGCGUCGAUUCUGGCAAGGCAGUUCAUGUUCUUAAAUAAGGAACAACUAGCGUUAUGGAGAGGAGAGAAAAAGCAGCUGUUUUGUGGCGCCGCAGGGACUGGAAAAACAAUUUUAAUCCAGCACAAAGCACUGGAAUGUGCGAAGCGCAAUGAAAAGGUCGUGAUAUUUGUACCAGCAAUCCUUGGUAAGCUCUAUGAAAAAUUCUUUUCAAGUAACAAAAUUUUAUCGCUCCAUUUCAAUUAUGAAAGGGACAGGCAGCAUUUUGAACACAAUUCAAUGGAAGAUUGUGCUUUAAAGUUCUUCAAGAAAUUCUUUGGAAGAAGCGAACCUUGUGAUGAAAAGGUUUUAAUUGUAACAAUUUGCCAGCUACCGCUUUUUCUCAACUUUGUGGACAGUGAGGAGGAAAGAGUGGAUGAGUUCCAUAUCUUUGUUGAUGAAUUUCAAAGUUUCCUAGCUUCAGAUUCUUUGAAACGUUUCUUGAUUGGUCAUCAAAGCCCCUCUUUCUAUCGGUGGAUUGCAUAUGAUGUCCAACAGCUCUUGUCCACAGAUACAUUAGAUAAUUACAUAGCAUUUCAAGACUUAAUUUUUGACCUCUGUAACACCAAAAGGUUUUAUCAUGCUCCAAGCCUCCAGACAGUUAUGAGAUGCACUUCAGAGAUAUUCGAAACAUUGAAGAAAUUUGAUGAGGAGUCUUUCAGUAAAGAGAGAACCCAAAGAGAAGAUGAAUUUGCCAAGAAAUACUGGUACCUUCCACAACACCUUGGUCACCAUGUUUGUGGACCUCAAGUCAUCCCCCAUAUAAAAGAAAAGGUUUCAUUGGAUGUAAACCCCGACUUCUAUUUCGAGAUCAUUGAGGAAGAGAUUAAUCAAUGGGCAAAGGUAGAUGAUACAUAUGAGUUAAACAAAGUUGCUGUUCUGGUCCCUGACAAAAAGUGGAUUGAGAAACUCUCUUCCCAUUUGCAAGAAAAAGGAGUCUCACAUUGCCGCAUUGGAGACGAUAAAGGUGUCAUAGUUUUGGAUCUCAUGGAACAUGCUCAAUCCUACGAGUGGCCAGUUGUUAUUGCAAUUUGUGAUAAAGACUUUGAAGGUAUCAACUAUUUUCCCUUCUCAAGGGCUGUGACUCGAUUAGUAACUGUU